AUGUGGAGGAUAAAAUAUUUUCAUAACACCAGGAAAUUUCUUAGAACGAGCUCAAAAACCAGUUGAAAGUCUUCUCUAAGUAGAAUCUCAGAGAGAAGAUUUGCUGCACAGAUCUUCAACAACUGUGAAGAAGCUAUUCAUGAUAUAAAAGAUGGAUCGAGGAUAGCUUUUGGAGGUUUUGGAAUUUGAGGCAUUCCAGAAAAUCUAAUUGAGUCAAUCAAAACCAAAAAUAUUAGAGAACUUGAAUGCAUCUCUAGCAACGGAGGCCUUUCAGAUUGGGGUGUCGGAAGACUCAUGAUUAACAAACAAAUCAAGAGAAUGAUCGGAGGGGCUAUCAUGGAGAAUAAACUAUACGAAAAACAAUAUCUUGAAGGAGAUCUAGAAGCAGAAUUUAUCCCACAAGGCACCCUCGCAGAGAGAUUAAGAGCAGCAGGAAAUGGAAUUCCUGGUUUCUAUACCAGAACUGGGGUAGGAACCUUCUUAGAGCAUGGAGGUUUCCCAAUUAGGAUGCCUCAAAACGGAGAGGAGGCUACCUUAGUUACAACUCCUAGAGAAGUGAAAAUUUUUGAUGAUGCUAAAUAUCUUUUAGAAAUUGCACUUAAAGCAGAUUUUGCUUGUGUAAAAGGAUGGAAAGCUGAUCAAAAGGGUAACGUAAUAUUCAGGAAAUCAGCAAGGAACUUCAACAUCGAUUGUGCUAAAGCUGCUAAAAUAUGCAUUGUGGAAGUUGAAGAGAUAGUUCCGACUGGAAGUAUCGACCCUGAUAGCAUCCAUCUCCCUCAUAUAUUCGUUCAGAGGUUAAUCAAAUGUGAUAAUUACGAGAAAAGAGUAGAACAGCUUACUAGUUGUAAUAAAGAUGGCAAAGUUGAUACUUCAUUGCUAGGCAGAAACGCAGGGGAAGUCUCAGAGUCUUGCUUAAAAAGGAAAAGAAUUGCAAUGAAAGCAGCUAAGGGUCUGAAAGAUGGCACGUACGUUAACUUAGGAAUAGGAAUACCAACUUUGAUAUCCAAUUUCAUCCCAGAAGGACUUGACGUAACUUUUCAGAGCGAGAAUGGCAUUCUUGGAAUGGGGGGAUUUCCAUUAGAGAAGGAUAUUGAUCCUGAUUUAAUCAAUGCAGGAAAACAGACAGUUACCACUGUCCCAGGAGCUAGUUUCUUCUCGUCAUCCCAAUCGUUCGGGAUGAUCAGAGGAAAGCAUAUUGAUGUUACAUUUUUGGGAGGAUUCCAAGUGUCUGAAAGUGGAGACCUAGCGAAUUGGGUCAUCCCAAAGAAACUUGUCAAAGGAAUGGGUGGCGCAAUGGAUUUGGUCCAAGGAGCCAAAAAGAUAGUUGUCAUGAUGGAACACGUGACAAAGGACAAUCAACUCAAGGUUCUCAAAGAAUGUGAGCUCCCUCUUACGGGUGAGAACUGUGUUGACGAAUUAAUCACAGAUCUUGCUAUCUUUAGAUGGAAUGAAGAGAGGAAGAUGAUAUUAGAAGAAAUAGCUUUUGAUACGACAGUAGAAGAGGUUCGAAGAUUAACAACUGCAAGGUUUGAAAUUUCUGAUAAUUUACAAACAUUUUAUGAGGAAUAAAAUUCAAUUUAUAUUAA